UAGUGUCCUUAAAAUGUUACAAGUGUAACAAUUUCAUUGGACAGAGGCACAUAAAAUUCACUGAUAAUUUAAGUGGGUAACGUAUAUUAGUAGAAAUGAAUUUCAGGAAACUGCAACACUUGUAUAAAUUACACAUCUGCUGAGCACAUCAAGAGCGGCAUCAAGAGGAACUAAUUUCAAGCGUAUUAGAAGAUAAUCCUUUAACAAAAUACUGUUAAUUAUUAAUCAUGAUCAGAAUAGUAUUUAUAUGCAUACUAAUUGCAUUAGUCAGCAGUAAAGAUUGUGAGUUAAGUGAUAGAACUGUAGAGAAUUUACAGCAAGAACUCGAAUUAUCGAGGAUAAAAUUGAAAAACCAGACUUCUGAUAAAGAAGAUGCAGCCAUUUGUAUAGGCACCGCAAGAUCUGGCAAAAGUACACUCAUUAAUUAUUUAAUUCGCAAUAAAUUGAAAGGCGUGCGUAAAUAUCUUGAAUUUGUGCUAGAAAAAAAUGACUCUAACUCCAUUGGACCGGAAAUUGGCUCUGAAUCAGAAUCAGUAACUACAGAACCUUCAAAAUGGAUUUCGACUCAUUUUUCCAAUCUGGCCAUCUGGGAUACGCCUGGAUUUGGUGACACCAGAGGAGUAAAACAAGACAUCAUUAACUCAUAUUAUAUUUAUAACUUGGUAAAAAGUGUUCAAUCUCUAAAAUUUAUUGUAGUUGUAGACUUUGCAAAUAUUAACACCGAUAAUACUAAUUCAUUUUUAGAACUUUUAAAUAAUCUCGAAAUCUUCAUUGGAAAUAGGUUUCAGGACUUUUUUAAAAGUAUAUCAGUAAUUUUCUCAAAAGUACCCUCAAAAUUAAAUGGCGGAUCAGUCAAUUAUAAUUAUUUUGUUUACAAGAUACGAACAUCUUAUUUAAACUCUGGUGUAAACUUGUCUCCUAUUGUAAGAAGUUUUUUGGAAUAUUUAAUAAAUAAUACUAAUCAAAUUGGCAUAUUCUAUAAAGUGACAAAAUUAGGUCCAAUGAACCCUGCUCUAUGUUAUAAUAUUGUUCCUGCUAUUAGGGAAGCUGUUAGUCAAACAAAUUAUAUUCAAGAUUUGAACCCGAGUAUUUCAGAAUCCACAAAAAAUUGUAUAUAUGCUACUCAUGCUAAAUUGAUGAUGUUUUCAUCAACUGCUGAAUUAUCUAUAUUAACGGCGAAUUUAUUUCAAAAAAAAUUGUUCACAAAUGAAUCAGAAGAUUACAUAACCAGUAUAAGAAAUAGAUUAAGUGAUACUGAAGAAAUAUUGUUAGGCCAUGCGGAGAAAAAUGCGUCAAUAGAAGAUAUACUAUCUACUCUUGAACUCGUAGAUGAAAGUUUGAAGAGUUGUAUUGAAAAAAAUGAUAUGUUGAAAAAAGUGAAGCUACUUAGUUUUUUUGAUUAUUUGUUAAAUACAAAAGUAGCUGAAGAAGUUACAAGGUCCUUUCAAGCCCUUCUUUGGCCUUUACUUUAUAAAAUUAAAGAUCAAGUAUAUUUUCUUCAUGGCAGAUUGCAUGAAAUAGCCGACGAACAACAUAAGAGUAUUACUGAAAAACGUCAAAAAGAAAUUGAGGAAUUAAAAAUUGAACUAGAAAGUGCAAGAAAUUAUAACAUCAGACAUCUAGUAAGUUUUCUGAACGAUUGUCAAGAUGUUUACAAUAUAAUUAGAAGAUUUUUGGAAAAUUUCUUGGAUAAUUUAAUGGGUUAGUUCCACUGAUUGGAUCAGUUAAAUAAAUAUUUUCAAUUGAAAAUAUAUUUUUAUCAACAUUACCCAAAUUCAGAUAAUUAUUUAACCUGGUUAUUUACAUUUACGGUUUAUUUUGGUGACUUUAAAAAAAGAAGUAAGGUUUUGCUUAUGUGUAGCUUGAAUUAUUUUUGUUUAUUAUAUCACUUUAAAAAAGUAAUAAUUCUUGUCAUUGCAACCAGAAUUUUUUUUCAGUGAAUAUAAUAGUAAUUUACAUAAUAGAAAUUAUAUUAUUAUGUAAUUAAAUAUUUUAGUACUUGCUUUUUCUAACCGAUUUUCGCAUUUACAUGCGUAAUAAUCCUAUAUAGAGGUUAUUCGGAAAAAUUUCUUAUAAUGUUCAAGACUGUAACAGAUUUUUACUAUAAUAUUAAUAUAUUGUAUCACA